AUGCUGCUCAAACGAGACGCUGUUGACGACCACGUCCCUAAUCCCCGAGGUGACACUGUGGUGACGGUCAAUAUCGCUCUGGUGGUCGUGGCCGGAGUCCUAGUCAUCGCACGAUUUUGGACGCGCAUUGCGAUCAACCACAUGCUUGGUGUGGACGACUGGUGUGUCCUCAUGGCCCUGCUGAUCGCAAUUACUAUGACCGGUCUAUUUCACGGAGAAACAAAGAAUGGCUUCGGUCUUCACCAAGCCACAGUUAGCGAGGAACAUAUUCUGCAAGCUUGGAAAUACUUCCUGGCCUGCCAAGUCCUAUACAAGGCUGCCGCUCUUUUUGCGAAACUGUCGAUGCUCUUCCUCUAUCUACGCAUCUUCUCUUCUCGCGGCUUCCGAAUCGCCGCUUACAUUGUCAUGUUCAUAUGCGUCGGCACUGCCAUUGGGACGAUUUUUCCAACAAUUUUCGCGUGUCACCCUAUCCAGAAGGCAUGGACCCCCACGUUGCCCGGAAAGUGUAUCUGGACUCCCGGCAUAUGGUACUCUAGCUCGUCGAUCAACAUCGCCACGGACGUCAUGAUCAUAUUGCUACCUGUUGCUCAAAUUCAAUCUCUCAAACUGCCCAAGGCCCAGAAGUUUGGACUGGCUCUGCUAUUCAGUCUGGGGUUCUUUAUUAUUGCAACUUGCGCGGUUCGUAUUGGCACACUUGGCCCAGCAGCAACAGCAAAGGACAGCACAUACUACCAGGCUCAGAAUAACCUUUGGCUCGGCGUCGAAGUGAACACGUCCAUCAUUUGCACCUGCAUUCCACCACUGAAGGCAACGAUUACUAGAUUCUUCCCACGAAUAUUCCGCGGCUCGUCCUAUAAUCACCCAUCGACCAAUUACCGUUCGAGGUCUGGAACAUACCCGCUUUCCGACACCUAUCAUGGAUCAUCAUCUGUCAAAGGGAGAGUCUCGUCGUUUCCUAAUCCUGCCUCUCCCACCAAGGGGUUUUCCACGACCAUCAUUAGCAGUGGUGAGUCCAAGGCAUAUCCCAUCAGCGAGUCAAACAGCGACGAGGUUGUCAUGCUGCAAGAUAUGGCAAAAACUGGAGCAGAUACAUACAGACCCAAGCGCCGAGAUGAAAUUAGGAAACAGACUGAGGUCGAGGUCUCAUAUUUGCAGCCCGUUUAG